AUGCCACCAUACGUUACUCAACAACAACAUCAACAACAACAGUCUAGACAGAGAUACGCAUUCAUUGUUCUGAUAGUGGUCGUGUUACUGUUUGUUUUGUACUCCUUAUCAACAACUAGCAACAACGACAACAAUACAGGUAUUGAAGAGCUAACAGGUGAGCACCAAAAGCCAACCACCGCACCACCAUCAAUGUCCAAUAGUAUAACUGCCACUGCGAUACUCGUCGGCCAGGAGGUCGGCGGAAUCGUCAAGUUCUAUCAAGCCUCCAGCGACAAACCCGUUGUGCUCACAUUCGAAAUCACCGGUCUGAAGACAGGCCCUCACGGCUUCCACAUCCACGAGUUUGGCGACACAUCCAAUGGUUGCAUGUCGGCUGGCGACCAUCUCAAUCCCUUCAAGAAGACACAUGGCGGUCCCACUGAUGAAGAGCGCCACAUGGGUGAUCUGGGCAACAUCAACACCGAUGCCAAUGGUGUCACAAAGGGUGAGCUCACCGACAACCAGAUCAGUAUGUUUGGACCCUACAGCAUCCUUGGAAGAACCAUCGUUGUACAUGCAGAUCAAGAUGACUUGGGCAGAGGUAACUUCCCGGACAGCAAGAAAACAGGACAUGCUGGUCCAAGAUUGGCCUGCGGUGUAAUAGGUCUAUCACCUUUGUAA